GACUUUUCAAAAUGGAGGAAAAGCAAAUGUUUUGGAGGGGAACAAAAGUACAACACAUAAAUGUAUUUUCAAACAUGACAGUCAGCGAAGAACCACGGUUCGCGAAAUAAAACGAAAGAUUUUAGCACGCUGAACGACUCUUUAGGCUAUGAAGUCAAGAUGAGUGUCUCAAUUGGCGAUAAAAUUGAGGACUUCAAAGUUCUCACCUUACUUGGUAAGGGAUCCUUCGCAUGCGUUUACAGAGCAAAAUCAGUGAACACAGGCUUGGAGGUGGCCAUCAAAAUGAUUGAUAAGAAGGCCAUGCACAAAGCUGGCAUGGUCCAACGUGUCAUUAAUGAGGUGGAGAUCCAGUGUCGGUUAAAACAUCCGUCAAUACUGGAGCUGUACAAUUACUUUGAGGACAGUAAUUAUGUGUACCUGGUCCUGGAGAUGUGCCAUAAUGGGGAGAUGAGCCGUUAUCUGAAAGACAGGAAGAAACCUUUCACAGAAGAAGAAGUGAGACAUUUCAUGCACCAGAUUGUGAAGGGCAUGCUGUACCUGCACACCCAUGGCAUUAUGCACAGAGACCUCACCUUGUCCAACCUGCUGCUCACCACCAGCAUGAACAUAAAGAUAGCAGACUUUGGUCUCGCCACGCAGCUCAAGCUGCCUAGCGAGAAGCACUUCACCAUGUGUGGCACACCCAACUACAUCUCUCCUGAGGUGGCCACACGCAGCGCUCAUGGCCUGGAGUCGGACGUCUGGUCCCUGGGCUGCAUGUUCUACGCCUUCCUGACGGGCAGGCCUCCCUUCGACACGGACACUGUCAAACACACUCUCAGCAAAGUGGUUUUGGGAGAGUACCAGAUGCCCACUCACGUGUCGGCUGAAGCUCAGGAUCUCAUUCGUCAACUGUUGCAGAAGGAUCCAACUCUCAGGCCCAGCCUCUCAGCGGUGCUGGACCACCCUUUUAUGACUCAUAGUGGACCAACCACAAGCAAAGACUCUGGAGCUAGCGAUGGCGGCUCUAUAGAUAGUGGCAUAGCAACAAUAUCUACUGCAUCCAAUGCCACUAACAACAGUGGUAGCCGGCUCCAGAGAAAAGCUCGGCAGGUGAUUGGCCAGGCCUUACCAAACCGCAUGGUGCCACUCCCCAGCCAGUCACAGCACUCCACCUGCUCCAGCUAUAAGGGAGGGCAAGACUGGCAGCCACAUCCACCAGGUAAUAUGAGGCUUCCUGUGGAUGUGGACAGUGAAAGGCCUCAUUCCCGCUACCUGAGACGGGCUCACUCCUCUGAUCGGUCCGGUGCUGGGUUUAGCCAUGCCAGACAAGAGGUGGAGCUGGAGCGGUGCCACUCAGAGGAGAUGCUUCCAGGCUCUGGCCGGAUUUUCCAAUCAACGUCUAAUUACCAGGACACUUCUCAUGGCUACACUGAACAUGGAAGACUACCCUCCCCUCCUGUCAAACAGCCGGCAAACCCUGGAUCCUCCUUCACCACUCCAGUGCAUCCCAUCAGACUACAGAAGUCAGACUCCGAGACACAGCCGUGGUUCAGCACUGAUGGGUCUUUCAAGAGACCAGCAGAUGUCAGCAGCCACAGCAGCAGUGGAAGUUUUUAUUCUGGGCGGGAGGCAGUGGGGGCUGUAUCAUCCUGCAGUGACAGACCAACAGUGAGAGGAAUUAGUGAACUCCCCCCUCACCCAUACGUUCAUUCUUCCUUGCAAAACAAUCCAGGGACCUGCAGGGUGGAUGGGCCCGGAGGGGGCCACUUCUUGGCUCCUCAAGGCUGUUUAGAUAUGCAGUUGUCUUCCCUGUCCAAGAGUAAAGCUAAUGUGGGGAAGCAGAAAAAGAGUCCAUUUCCUCCUCUCUGUGCAGCCAGACUGAAACCUAUCAGACAGAAAACCAAAAAUGCUGUGGUUAGCAUCCUAGACACAGGAGAGGUGUGUAUGGAGCUUCUGAAAGGCCAGGGAGCUCAGGAGAGGGUCAAAGAAGUACUGAGGAUAUCUUGCAAUGGCUCCAUGGUCACUGUGUACCAGCCCAAUGAAGGUAAAGGUUUCCCUGUCCUGGACCAUCCGCCUUCUCCUCCAGAAGAUAUUUUUAUAUGCAGUUAUGAAGACUUACCAGAGAAAUAUUGGAAAAAGUAUCAGUACGCCACCAAGUUUGUUCAGUUGGUGAAGUCAAAGACUCCUAAAGUAACCUUGUAUACCAAGUUUGCCAAGUGCAUGUUGAUGGAGAACUCACCUAAUGCAGAUCUGGAAGUGUGCUUCUAUGAUGGUGCAAAAACCCAUAAGACGAGUGAUCAGGUGCGGGUGGUGGAGAAGAGUGGCAAGUCGUACACAGUGAAGGGGGAUGUAGGCCUGAGUGGCGUGAGCCCUGAGUGCAGGCUCUACAUGGAGCUUACAGAAGAGGGGCACAAAAUGUGUCUGUCUUUGGAGGCUGCCAUCAGUGCUGAGGAGCAGCGCAGUGCUAGAGCUACACCAUUCUUCCCCAUCACUAUUGGCAGGAGACCAACUACUCCUGCUUCACCAUUCCCCUUGACCCAGCCUGCCUCUGAUCAGGGUCCUACAGUCCCUGCUGAGGUAGCUCAGGUGUGCCUGAGUCCUCCUCAGCCUCCCCACAUCACCCCUUCUAUGAUUUCCUACAAUGGGUCUGAUUUUACGACAGCGAGUUUAGCUAAAGGCAGCUCACCCCAGUCGGCCAAAGAGGGGCAUAGUGUCAACACAGGAAAAGUGCUCAAGUCCAUCUUUGUACCCAACAUUGGCUGGGCCUCUCAGCUAACAAGUGGAGAAGUUUGGGUUCAGUUUAAUGAUGGGUCCCAGCUGGUGGUUCAGGCAGGGGUCUCCUGCAUCAUAUUCACAUCCCCUGAUGGACACAUCACCAGAUAUAAGGAGAAUGAGAAGUUACCAGAGCUGGUGAAAGAGAAGCUCCAUUGCCUUUCAUCCAUCCUGAGCCUUUUGGCCAGCCCGGCAGCACGACGCUGAACAGAAAUCAGACAGAAAAGAGGGACCACACUGUGUUUGAAUGAUACAGUGAAAAGCAGCCAAAAGCACUUCCUUUCCUCAUCCAAUGUAAAAUCUUUCAGAAAAUGCAUUAAAUGUCUGUAAAUACAUUUUUAAACAGUUGUACAGAUAGUUCCAGAAAUUAUGAAGUUAUAUUUUUUAUGUUGUACAGUAUGUAUUUGCUGAAUUGUUGUCUUUCGCA